UGCGCGUCUCGUGCGUAUUUCACUGGCACCAGGACGCACGCGGAGGACUAACUGCCGUUGGCCGCGCGCACUUAUGUUCUGUCAAAUUUAUACAGAAUAAAAAAAAAGAAAGGAAUAAUAAUAAUUCCAUUAGUUAUAAUCGUAAGAAGAGGAGAAGGAGAAGUAGUGCCGGGUGUGAGGUGUGUGAGUGAGUGUGUGUGUUGGGGGGGGGGGAGGUGGAAUAACCAAAAAACGCAACACGUAUCCGGUGGGAUCCCACUGCUGCGCGAGCGAGACGCGGCAGGAGUUCGGAGCGAGGGUCUGCGAGGAGAGCGACAGAAGAAGGAGAAGGAGAAGGAGAAGGAGAAGAGGGGGCACUGAAUCGCCUCCGUGACAACGCGCUUGAACAUCGAAAUAUAAUAAUCCAGAGGAAUAAUGAGGAACGUUUGGAUAAUUCUGACCCUCGGCCUGACCGCCGCGCUCUCCGGGGAACGGAUAGCAGAAGCAGCCAAGACGUCCUCUCAGGCGGAUGACUUGUACCUGGAUGACACAGGCUCAGGAGGUUAUUACCCUGAAGACGACGAUGACUUUAACUCGGGGUCUGGCUCAGGAGGCGGCGAGGAGGUGGUGCUGGAGGAGACGGUGACCGUCAGUAUGGUGUAUUUCGAGCCCAACGCGGCACAACCCACCCAGGACUCCACCAAAGAUUUCACCCCCCGCGUGGACACAGCCACGGUGCGGGAAAAGGCGAAGGACAGCACGCCCAGGAAACCGUUCAGAACAGAGGCACCAGUGCCAGUUACAGACGACAUGCAGAGGAACCAGAUGACUAGUACGACUAGUGUGCCCGGCUCACCCCAGGAGGCCGUCGAGGUUCACACCGAAAACCUCUUCCAGAGGACGGAGGUGUUGGCAGCCGUCAUCGCAGGCGGCGUGAUCGGCUUCCUGUUCGCCAUCUUCCUCAUCCUCCUGCUCGUCUACCGCAUGAGGAAGAAGGACGAGGGCAGCUACGACCUGGGGGAGAGGAAACCCUCCGGCGCGGCCUAUCAGAAGGCGCCGACCAAGGAGUUUUACGCAUAAGGUCCUCGGGGCCCCGCCCCCCAUCCCCCCCAUCCCCAAUCCCAUCACCAGAUUGACAACUCUUCGAGAGACUGUGAAAAAACGCAGUCCACAACAACGACAACAACAACAACAACAACAUCAGCAAAUCUCUUACGUACACGGCGAGAAACACACGAGGAGGAAAAUUUGUUUUCAAGUUGAUUAUGGAAAAAUAGCAUAAAGGAAAGCUUUUGCAUUGAGUGUUGUGAGUAAGAUCUUUUCUUUCUUCUUUAAAAAAAAACAAACAAACAAUGAAAACCAAGCAUUUUUCUCAUGUCACGGCGAAUCUCAGUGUAUUUAAACAUUUUGUGUAUCAUUGGAAAAAGGCUGAAAAACAGGAUCCGUCGAGGGCGAGGAAGCGGAUCACGUCCGUCUUCUGUCAGAGGAGCUGUUUUUUUUUUAGUCGCUGGCUACUUCUAACUGUAGCAGUGCGUUAUUUGUAAA